AUAUUGCUCUAUAAAUAUUGCAAAUUACUCUUCCAAUAUUGCUCAAUAAAUUGCAUGACACUCUUUUAAUAGCACUAUCAUAAGCCACCGCCAAGCUUCAUGUACUUCUCUCUUCUACUUCUUGGUCACUUUUCUCCUUCACCUUUGUAUAGUAUAUAUUACAUGGCACUGAAAUAUUCAUCAAGUUGGAGAUACGGGUUAUCAAUGGUGACCAGGCUUGCCUUGUGCCUAAUUGUGAUAUUGAAUAAUACAAGUUCUUCAUCUGCACGUUUAUUGUUGGACAGAACCAGAGGAGUGUUCUUGCCUGGUGAGAUACAUAGGAGAAACUUGCUUAAUAAUGGACUUGGCCGAACACCCCCCAUGGGAUGGAACAGCUGGAACCAUUUUGGCUGUCAUAUUAACGAAGACUUAAUUCGAGAAACAGCUGAUGCUAUGGUGUCAACGGGCCUCGCUCAUCUAGGUUACCAAUAUGUCAAUAUAGAUGAUUGUUGGGGUGAGCUUAACCGAGACUCACAGGGCAAUUUGGUUCCCAAGGCUUCAACAUUUCCUUCUGGAAUCAAGGCUCUAGCUGAUUAUGUUCAUAACAAAGGUUUAAAGUUGGGGAUUUAUUCUGAUGCUGGAAAUCAAACAUGCAGUAACACUAUGCCUGGAUCACUAGGACAUGAAGAACAAGAUGCAAAAGCAUUUGCUUCUUGGGGGGUUGACUACUUGAAGUAUGAUAAUUGUGAGAAUAAUAAUAUAAGCCCCAAAGAAAGGUACCCACCAAUGAGGGAUGCUUUGUUAAACUCUGGAAGGUCAAUCUUCUUCUCUUUGUGUGAAUGGGGAUCAGAAGAUCCAGCAACUUGGGCCAAACGUGUAGGAAAUAGUUGGAGAACGACAGGGGAUAUUCAAGAUAAGUGGGAUAGUAUGACAUCUCGUGUAGAUCUAAAUGACAAAUGGGCUUCUUAUGCUGGACCUGGAGGAUGGAAUGAUCCUGACAUGCUUGAAGUUGGAAAUGGUGGCAUGACAACAGAAGAAUAUCGUGCCCAUUUCAGCAUAUGGGCAUUAGCUAAGGCUCCUUUAUUGAUUGGUUGUGACAUUCGAGCAUUGGAUUCCACCACAAAGGAACUACUUAGCAACAGUGAAGUUAUUGCAGUAAACCAAGACAAACUAGGAGUUCAAGGAAAGAAGGUGACAAGUAAUAAUGGUUUGGAGGUGUGGGCAGGUCCUCUCAGUCAUAACAAGGUAGCAGUGAUCUUAUGGAACAGAAGUUCAUCCAAAGCAACAGUAACUGCAUCUUGGUCUGACAUAGGCCUAAAACCAGGAACUUCAGUUGAUGCAAGGGAUUUAUGGGUGCAUUCAACACAAUCAUCCAUUUCUGGAGAAAUAUCUGCUGAAUUAGAUUCACACGCUUGUAAGAUGUAUGUCCUGACUCCUAACUAAGGUCUAAAUUAAAGAAAUGCAUUGAAAAUCAUUCAAUGUUCCAUAGAAGGAAAGAGAAAUCAGCAGGAAAUUUAGUUGUCUAUUGGAAAUAUAAAAAAAAUCUGUAGAAUUUAUAUUUCUUCCAAGGUUUCCAUUUUAAAUUAUACAUUGUCGUUGUAAUUGAGAUCCACUUGAUUUAAAUAUAACAUGCCUUUCAAG